AUGAGAGAGGCUGUGAAGCGCCACGUCCUAGGACGGCCGAAACUACGGCAAUCCUGGAACAAAUACAAUCUCUAUAACAUCCACAGACACGAAGUUGCCGUCCGCAUAAACCAGCAAACCUUCUUCCAGCAAAAAUGGGCAGCCAAAGCCAUGACACGUGCCUACCACGGCGAACACGUCGGUGAGAAGCGCUGGAACCGUCUAUUUAAUCGCCGUCUCACCGCCGCCGUCGAGAUGCCCCCUGAGUACCUCGCCUCAUACGACGGUUCGGAGCAGGCCGAAGGCCGUGGUUCUGGCAAGCAGUACGAUCCCAACGACCCGAACGCACCACGCCCCGUGACGGCAGACACCUUCUCGGUUCUCGAACUGAGGAGGCAACAACAGCUCGCGGCCGAGGACGCUAGGGAUGCUGCGAAACAGAAGUUCCUCAGACCUGGCCCCCGGUCUAUGAGGGCGCUUCUCAAGAGGCCGACUCAGGAUAUGACGCCCUACAUGCAAAUGGCCUUUGCGCCGCUCGAGCGGAGACUUGAAGUUGCCAUGUUCAGGGCCAUGUUCGCGAGUAGUCCUCGGCAAGCCAGGCAGUUCUGUAUCCACGGUGCCGUGAAGGUCAAUGGCAAGAAGAUGCGAUACGGCUCCUACCAACUUAACCCCGGUGACAUGUUCGAAGUUGACCCCGACAAGGUCAUGUACGCGGCAGGCAAGGACAAGAACCAAGCGUCCCUCGAGGCCGCCAUCAAGAGGGUGGAAGCGAAGGAGCAAGCCAAGACCAUUGCCGAAGAAGAGGCCAUUGUCGAGCUAGAAGAAGGCACCGAUGUCGAAGCUGCAGAGGGUGCGGCCGCCGAACAGGCCGAAGCUCAGGCAGAAGAGGUAGUUGCCGCCGCCGAGGAAGCCGCCGAGGAGCCCGACCUCUCCGAGAUCCCCAAGGCGGAACGAGAGAAGGAGCAGCGUCGCCGGGUCAAGGCCCUCAUAGAUUCGGCCAAGGCCAUCCUCAAGGAGGAUACCGACCUCAACGCUAAGCGCAAGCAAGAGCUCCGAGCCUUCGUCAAGGCGAGCAAGUCCGCCCUCGGCCGCACAGAGGACCUGACCAGCGACGACCUCAUGGAGCAGCUCUCCACCCACCUCUCCCGUUUCAAGCUCGACGACUCGGGCGUCACGGCGGUCAAGCCCGACGAAUCCGCCGAGACGCCCAAAUCUGACGCCGAGACUACCCCCGCCAUCCUCUCCAAGACGGAACAGAACAAGCUCCUCAAGAUCCUCCGCGCCAACGAGGAGGACGACGAGAACCCCGUCGACCCGUCCAAGCCCUACGCCACCCCCUGGCAACCCAGGAAGUUCCUCGAGCCUUUCGCCUUUAUCCCCCGCUAUCUCGAGGUUAACCAGAACAUCUGCGCUGCCGUCUAUCUCCGCCACCCCGUAGCCCGUCGCGGUCUUGCUGAGGUCCCUACCCCCUUCCCUUACGAUGUUAAUCAGCUCGCGUACACGUGGUACCUCAGGAGGAGGUAA